AUGGUGAAGCAUGUGUACCCGCGGGACUCUACAGUUUAUUCACAAAAAAUAUCAUCAUCUCUCCACAAAGCCUCUCUGGCUUCUUCUCUCCCGUUAAAAUGGUUCGAAGCAUCUUGAUUUCUCGCUCUGCAACUCUGUCACUCUAGAAGCCCUAGGUUGCCAUUUAUUGUGAGAUUAGAGUGCCUUACGAGUCACGCAUCUCAGCUGGUUUUGCUGGCCGGAUGCUGGGGGUGUACACAACAUCAAAAGCCACGAUGACCUAUAAAUAUUAAAUCAUGAGGUAGUUUGUGAAUGAAGGCAUGCCCUGCACUCCGUUGAGCGUUUUUCAUUAAGUAGGGGAUCUGGAGGAAUGACCAUUUGGCUGUAAAUCGUCAGAUUCCUUGCUUUUCGAGAGCGGCCUCCAUUCCCUAAAGAGAGUGCUGAUCAACGUAUUUCCAAAUGGAGACUUGAAAUAUGGUUGAUGUGAUUAGGAUACCCAUUGUUAAACUUUACCAAUUGGAGGAUAGGAUGAUGCUGAGAAGGUUGUGAGGCUCUUCUGCCCCAAUUGAUUGCGAUUUCAUCUUACUUUGGUCUCAUUUCUGAGACCAAGACCGGGGUACAUUGAAAAGGCAGUACGAUGAGACCAAGACCGGGGUACAUUGAAAAGGCAGUACAAGCAGUCGGUUUAGGGUUGCAAUUGGCCACAUCCAACCAGUUGAGCCAAGGGCCAAAGUUUUGGAACUUAGGACCUUUUUUCAGUAAUUAUGCCUCAUUGUCUGCUGCCUCUUCCAGCAAGAAGAUUCCCCUUGAAGAAACGUGGCAAGGGCUUGAUAGGUUACAACACAGCACUAAACCAGAGAAAGAGAGCCAUGGUUGAGCCUGAAGUUCCAUCAUCUUUCUCAUCAGAGAAUCAUAAGGUUCAAGAAGAGGAAGUAGGGUUUUACCCUAAUUUGUCGUCUGCAUCAAACCGUGUUCGAAGGCUAUUGUUCAGGAAAAUGCUCAUUGGAGUGAGUGAUGGGCGCUUCUUUGUUGGGGGUUUCCAUUGUUUGGAUAAGCAAGGCAACAUUAUACUCCAAGAUGCAGUCGAGUUCAGGCCUGGACAUAGCACCAGGCCUUCUCCCGUGGAGCAACGUUGCUUAGGGCUUGUGCUAAUACCUUCUUCUUGCCGAAUUUCUUGCCAUGUCGAUUUUUCUAUUGAAGAACAGAUGUCUCUUUUAAAGUUAUAAUAUUUGAGAGAGCUGAAAGGGCCUGUAGCAGGAUGUGUAUGCUAAAAAGGUAUUAAUAGGAUUUAAUUGUUUUUCUUGCUGAACUUGUAGGAUUUUGGUGCAAAUUUGUUUCUUGUGCAUUGUUGUUGUCAGCUUCACAACAUUCCGGGAGAGAAGCUAACGAGUUGGUGGUUUCCCUUGCUAAGGAUGGUGUCCAUGGGUCAUCACUUAUGAUUUUUGCUAUCACUGUAUAGAGGCUUUACAGGCAAUUCCUUCUAUCAAAUUUUGAAUCCAUGAAAUAAGAAAAAAGAAGUUAAAAAACUUCGAAAGGUCGCUGAGGAUAAUUAGCCCAAAUUACCAUUUUAGCCGUCGAAAUUUAGUUGACAUUGUUAGUAAUAUUAACUUAUGUGACAUUAGGUAUGUAUGUUUCUUUCUUUGGACUCUGGUUGUAUGCAUGGUAUGUUUGUUUUUCCUGAGAUAGUUGAUACUUUGCCCAAAUUUUAGCCCUGGGCCUCUUUUUCUUUGUGGUGAUAGCAGCCCUAUUCAAGCAAUCUAGGUCAAUCUAAAUAUUUUGUUUCUCUUUAUCAAUUGUAUAAAUUGCUACAAUUGCAUAAAUUGCUUCAUAUGUCUGGGUUAACUUGAACUGCUGUUCAUAUAAUCUUAUUUAUGCCCAUUUUGGCUCUAAUGUUCUUUUUUUUCUGUAACUAUAAUUCUCAGCCCAAAACUGUAUGUGUCGAUAUUUAUGUAGAGUUUUUUAUUAAUGGAACGUCUAUCAAUAAAAGUCUACAUCAAGUUGUAUCACAGGCGUAGAACGGGUUGUAGUUAGAAUUAAAUGAUUAAAGCAUGUUAUCACCAUAACAGAAAGCCUUAUUCGUAAGGAAUCAAUUUCACAAUUCAAUCUGGUUCGCAAAUCAGUCUCCCUAAUUAACAGAUCGAUGAAUGUCACGAAAUGGAAUUUUCUCCGAGUGGGACACUGAUAAUCUCCCGCAUGAUGCCUGCAAUCAUUGUCUAACAUUUCUUUUAUCGCCACAACUAAUGACAGCAUAUGAGGUGCCUUCUAUUCCUAACGGUGUGCUAAGACUGAAAACUAAUCUAUGCAGCAAGUUAAUAAGGAACUAAGGAUUUGCAGCCCUACAGGAUGGUGACUGAGUUCAGCAGAAACACAUGGCACGUCCAGAAGCAGCCCCAAACAGCCCUCUCGAAGGAACAACAAGGAAGGAUCUAGGCAACGGACGCAGCCCCAAACAGCCGUCUCGAAGGAACAAGAAGGAAGGAUUUAGGCAAACCGACAAGUCCUAUAGGUCCACACAAGAUAAAAGACUUGAAGAUACCGGAAUCCUUAGUGUUGGAAUGCUUGGCUGUGGAUGUUUUUCCAAUAGUUUCAAUCCAAAAGUAGCAUAACUAGGUUGGGAUAUCCCAAAUGAAACAUGAUGGUCAUGUGUGCUGCAGGAUUCUUCGUAACUGAAUGGAAAAGGUCCACGAAAAAUAAGUACGUCACUAAGCUUUUAUAGACGCCUAUUAGAAGCAUAUUCAUGGCAAUUGCUGUGUACUAAAUUCUUUAGGACAAAAAGGAGAACAAAUAGAAACACAUGAUGCCUCUGUAAUCCAACCCAUAUUCAUAUCAAGCUUUGCUUUAUCUGUGUGCUGAUUAUCAUGUAGAGUCCGGUUGUUGAAAUGUGCAUUUAUUGUUUUCUACAGGUCUUGCAUGAAGAGAUCCAUUUGCAGACAUUCCAGUUUCUCGCUUAGCAUCAGAAAACUCUGAUGAUAGUCAAAUUUUCCUUUUUCUAUUCGCCAAUAGGUUUGACCAUGUUACUGAUCUGCUUCUUUGGGCCGACUCUACUCCAUAACCUCAAGAAAAUUUCGAUUGCAUAUGAGGUGACCAGGUGAUCAGUAAUGUCCUGUCCUACUGAGAAAACUAGCUUACUUCAUUGGUAACAGUUACUCUCUUGAAUUGUCUGAAUAAAUUGUGGGUUUGAGUGUAAUUACGGAACGUGGUCCUGAAAAUUGAACAAUUUUGUUUCCUUGUCGGUGUUGCCGAAAUAUACUUGAUUAAUGUAAGAAUGUUCGUGAGUUUAAA